UUCGCAGUGGCUGACCCGGGCUUCAAGGGAACAGACACACACAGACACGGGGACGGUGUUCUCGACCCAGUCACCCACCUCCUCUCCACCACCCCCCGCCCACCCCGAGCCCCAUUGGGUCCGGGUUUUAGGGGUGGGGCCCCUGGUCGUGACCAUAAAAACGCAGAGAAGGGAGAGCCAGCUUUGGUUUCUCUUUAGGGGACACUUCUCCAGCACAUUUGGGAGGACCCACAGAGAGGAGUCUGGGGUCUGGAUUCCGCCCCCCCCUCCCCAGGCCGGCUGUCUUUCCCACGCGGGACCUUCUCCGCCACCCAGCACACGACCUCCCUGCCGUGGGAGCCACAUCGCUAUGGCCUUGGUGUGGCUCAUGGUGUUUCUGACGUCUGUCUCCGGUCUGCUGCAAAUGGAGGAAGAUCCCAAUGUACUGAUUAAGAACCUAAGGAUGGAGCCGGGAGAAAGGAGACUGACCUGGGACCUCCAUGGAAAUGUUUCUGAAAUUAUGUGUUUCAUAAAUUCAAAACUUAUCACUAAGGCCAUCGACAACAACCGUUACUGCCAGUUCCACGUACUUCCCUUAUGUGAAGUGAGAAACUUCACCAUCUCCUUGACCAAAGGCCCACCAUUCUUGAUGGGGAUUCAGUAUCCUCUGCAAGAAGGAAACCCUGGGGCGGCCGCACAACGUCUGGACUGCUGGGUGCACGAUGUGGACUUCCUGACGUGCAGCUGGGAGGUGGGCAGGGAGGCCCCCAGUGAUGUCCAGUAUCGCCUGUACUGGCAGGAGCUGAGGGAGCAGGAGUGUCCACAUUACGAAAUGGAUGAUCGGGGGAGACACGUCCGGUGUCGUUUCAAUGAUGUGUCCAGAUUGCCGAAACAGCUCCAGAUCCUGGUGAGAGGCACAAGCCACGGCGCCAGGAUCCCCUGCUUGGACCGUUCUGUCGAAUUAUCAGAAAUUGAGAGAUUAAGUCCACCCAACAUCACUGCGAUGUGUAACAAAUCAUAUUCGAUGAUGGAAUGGAAAGCGUCAAGCCACGUCAAUCUCAGAUUUGAGUAUCAACUUCAAAUACAAAAGGGCAGCGAUCCCGCCUACACAGAGAAGCUCCAGGAAAACUUCUUCCAGAUUCACAAUCCCGGGAACUACAUGGCGAGACUAAAGGUGAAAGGUUUCUUCCGCAACACGUGGAGCGAGUGGAGUGCCCCCCAAUACUUUGUGUGCGACCUCGGGGAGGACUCACAGUGGCCCAACUGGCUGUUGACCACGCUGGUCUUGCUGGGAACACUGCUGGUCCCGGGACUCGCGGUCGUGCUGUGUGGAAGGUACUCAGUGUUGCAGAAGCUCUUCCCUCCUAUCCCUCACAUGAAAGACCCCAUCACUGACAACCUUGAGGGCAGCAAGUUGGUGGCCUGGGAGGCCAGCAGAGCAAGCAGGGAGGACUGCCCGGUGGCGGAGGUGCAGGUCUUGGGGGAGACAUGACACGCGAACUCAGACCUCCUCAGCACACGGCCAGGUGCCCGCACAGCCUGGCUGCCGUUGGACCAACGGACGACUGUAUAGGGGGGGAGGGACACCCCAGGGCACACUCCGCGGAGCCGCCACGAGCAAGUUGUGUCAGGCUCAUUUUGUAAAUAAACGCCGUUUCCACCCAGUCCCUGGACUCCAGGGGUGGGAGACAGCCCGCCAUGGUGGGCCCCCUGGGCCCCUCUCUCGGGUCUCCUGAAAUGGGCCCCACCCAGAUUGCCGCUAACAAGUCGGCGGGACUGGUUGGUCCGAGUGCCUGCAGUGGCCACGCCUGGUUCUGACUGGUCUUCUUGCCGCGUUCAGUGUAAGCACCUGACACGGAGGGGCCGCCACACCCCCCCCUCCCCCCGAGAAGGGGAGAGCAGCACCUGGGACGCUCGGGGGGCCUGGCUGUCCGCCAACACCGUCCCCCGCAGCGUGGCCUGACUUGCACUGCCCACAGCGUGGACGCCUGACACGGAGCCACGUUCGACAGCCCGCUGUAAACCCGUGGACACCGCCUGCCUCACAGGAGCCUGGGUCUCCCAGGGGCAGGGCUCCCUGGACACACACCCCCCCUCGGCAUUUACUGAGGGACCGCUUCCCCUUUGGAACGUUUCCUGUAGGGCGGUAAGCGAGCACCCUAACACUGCCGAACCAGCCGUGCCAGAAAGCACCCCAGCGUCAUCGCAAAAAUACUAUUGAGACCACCAGCACCCGUGGGUAUUUGGGGACCUGACAGCUAAGUAAGAAGGGCUUGGCUGCAUAAAUGGGACCGUUCAGCUAGCUGAGAUGAACAGAGGGUGAAAACAGGUCUCCAAAUCCAGUGGUUAACAUGGCUCCAGGCAGGAGGCAACGUCCACCAGAACACCAGGGCUCACUCAAGUGGGUCAGAAGCUGAGGUUCCCAACGAGGCUCCUCUGUGGAGCUGGGCAGGGUAAACAUGGGCAUUAAGGGCACACAGUCCCAUCCUGACCCCUUUUAAACUGCCUCACGACCCUGGGCAAAGUUCAAACUUCAUCUCUAACUGGACACCCCCCCCACCCCGGUUGUGGCAAAAACAAGCAUUUGCACCCACCAGUCUUGAAGAGGAAACUGGCCUUCCACAUCCCGGAUGCGCCGGCCCUGGAGAGGUUCCAGAACCCUCAGUUGGGGUCUUUCUAGCCCAGGUCCCCCCAAAGCAAUGCCAGGAUCCAACAUUCAGCCUGGAGGAGACUUUCCUCCUGCAGUGAAUGUUGCCGUUUGUGCAGAAUUGGCUCCGUAAGAGGAUGUGGACCUGUCCCAGGGUCUGGGGCCUGCCUGCAUGGAUUCUUGCCUGAGUAGCCAGGGCUGACAUGGGUCACAGGAUGUGGCUACUUGUAGCCACUUCUGGGCUGGCUUUUCUCAGCAGGAAAACUAACUUGAAUGGGGGACUUAAGAGGCCCCAGCAGCUCAUGGAAGGUUAAGGAAGGUCUGUCUCCUCAAAGAUCCCUGGAGCAGGGAGGCUCAGAUGCCCCCAGGCUCCCUCACAUUGGUCUACCACCCAAGGGGGGGGGGGUCCUCCCUGAGCUAUGCAGGCCUGUGAUGUGCCUUUCAG